CAAGUCACAACAAAGUCAAUUUCUGUAAGCUCUAUUUUCUUAUACUAUUGUUUCAGAGUUAAGUAUUUAAAAUUUCAACUCUUCGGAAGCACUAACCAUAAAGAAAAUAUAUAAAUACAUUUUUUAAACAUGUUAUCCUCGAAUAUGUACAAUAAUCUUAACCUUGAUAGAAAACGUGAACAACAAAUUGAUACAUUAAGCGUGUUUAACGAAAAUGUUACAGAAAUAAAUCCAGGAAAGGAAUAUUGUGUUGAAUUUCAUACAAAAGUUGGAAAGCUAAAAUUCAUUAUUCAGCUAAGUACUGAGUUUCCUUUGGAAAAACCAAGAAUCAUAGUUUCACCUUGCAUUACUCAUCAAUGGGUAAAUAAUUCCGGAGAAAUUGUUCGAGCUCCAGGACUUCUCAACUACACCAUACAUUCUGACUUAGGAAGAGUAGUCCAAGUAAUAAGGCGCGAGUUUGAGUUAGAUCAAUCUCUUGUAUUAGCCAACAAUUCUAAUUGUGUUUCAGGAAUGCUGGGCUAUGAUAACAAACACAUUGCAGCUCUUAGCAAAGAUACAGAAUUUUUUAGUUUAACUAAUUUAACAUCAUCUGAAUUAUUAAGAUUAAAAAAUAAUGUAGAUUGUCUAGACGAAUUUAUUUCAGACCUACCGUCUAUAGAAGAAUCAAACAAAACUAUAGAAAAUACUAUUACUAAAGUGAUGGACCUCGCAAAUUCAAAUAUAGCCAAAGAAAAAUCUAUUACUAAUUUAAAGACGGAUAUAUCCAAUCAGUUGGAAAAAAUAGUAUCAUCCCAAAACACAUAUGCUGAAUUAUCAUCAAAGUACGCAAAGUUGUCAGAAAAAUAUUUACCUCAAUCAAUCGCGAAUAAUUUAAAAGAAGCUGCUUUAAAAUGUGAUGAAGAAAGUGAAAAAAUAGCUGAGCAGUUUUUGGAAGGUGAAUUGGACAUUGACAUGUUUUUACAGGUUUAUCUGAAAACAAGAACGCUGUCUUAUACUCGGAAAGCUAAAGAAGAAAGACUUAGUUAUCAAUUAAAACAACUGAAAGAUGCUGGUUUUUAAAUAACAAUUCCAAAGUCAAUAAAAAAUUAACAUUUUACUGUCGAAUAUUGUUGUUAAAAUUGUAUUCAAUCUGUAAUACUAUAAUAUGUUUGUUAUUAUGUACAUACAUUUGUUUUU